AUGAGGCUCUUCGAACCCUUCAUAGAACUAGGUGCUUCCUCCGACCGCUCCUCCUCCGAACUCGACCAUAUCACCACCACUACCUCGAAUCGCAAAGCCUCCCAUGCCACUGCAAGCACGACAACCCCGUUCCCCACACAACGGCAGCCCUCGUUUCUCUACUCACGCCGCGAGUCCCUCACGGCCGCCGAGCGGGCACGCAGAAAUCUCAAUGCCAAACUCGCCAAUCCGCUCGCCGGUCUCAGCCAUGCUACUCUGAUGAAGCGCGGCGGCCGCUAUGCGCGUCAGCACCACAUUGGCGACGAAGAGGAUAUCCGCGCUUUUGAGCUGGGUGCUGUUCUGGCGCAGGCGCCAGAGAAGUACGAGGAUGUCGAGGGCUUGACGGAGAAAGAGUUGAAGGUGCUUAGGGAAGAAUUCACGAAUCGAUGGUCGCAGCCGCGACUCAUGUAUUUGGUUAUUGUUCUCUGCUCGCUCAGUGCGGCAGUCCAGGGAAUGGACGAAUCCGUCGUGAAUGGCGCACAGAUAUUCUACAAAUCACAAUUCGGCAUCGGCGGCCUCGAUUCACGGUCUACAUGGCUGGUCGGCCUGGUCAACUCGGCACCCUACCUCUGUUGCGCUUUCAUCGGCUGCUGGCUCACCGUGCCCUUUAACCACUGGUUUGGUCGCCGUGGGACAGUAUUCAUCACCUGCGUUUUCUCCGCGAUUGCGUGCUUCUGGCAGGGCUUUGUGAACUCAUGGUGGCAUCUGUUCAUCAGCCGUUUUGCCCUGGGCUUCGGCAUUGGCCCCAAGUCUGCCACCGUGCCCAUUUACGCGGCCGAGACCACCCCGCCGGCCAUCCGUGGUGCCCUGGUGAUGCAAUGGCAGAUGUGGACUGCUUUCGGCAUCAUGCUCGGCUACAUGUCUGAUCUGGUCUUUUUCAAUGUGCCUGAUACGCCCAACGUCACGGGCCUGGGGUGGCGGUUGAUGCUGGGCUCCGCCAUGUUCCCUGCCGUGCUGGUGUGCACCUUUGUAUUCAUUUGCCCCGAAUCCCCACGGUGGUAUAUGAGCAAGGGCAGCCACUACAAGGCAUACCGCUCCAUGUGUCGCUUGCGUUUUAUCAAAGUGCAAGCCGCCCGCGACCUAUUUUACAUGCACACCUUGCUCGAGGCGGAGGCGGCGAUGAAAUUGGGCCAGGCAAAAAUCCUCGAACUCAUAACCGUCCCUCGCAACAGACGCGCACUUAUCGCAUCGGAAAUUGUCAUGUUUAUGCAACAGUUCUGUGGUGUAAACGUCAUAGCCUACUACUCUUCCGAAAUUUUCCUGGACGCUGGCUUCUCCCAGAAGGCUGCGUUAGCGGCUUCCUUCGGCUUCGGCGUGAUCAACUGGCUCUUCGCCAUCCCCGCCAUCUACACGAUUGACACCUUCGGCCGCCGCAACCUUCUCCUCGUCACCUUCCCUCUCAUGGGCAUCUUCCAGCUGCUUACGGGCUUCUCGUUCUGGAUCCCCACCGACGGCUCCGCCACCAUGCGCAGGGCCCACACCGGCUGCGUUGCGCUGGGUAUCUACUUGUUCGGCAUCGCCUACUCGCCCGGCGAAGGCCCCGUGCCCUUCACGUAUUCCGCCGAGGCAUACCCGCUCUACGUGCGUUCGUAUGGCAUGGCGCUGGCGACGGCAACGACGUGGUUUUUCAACUUCAUGCUGGCGAUCACGUGGCCCAGUUUGAAGAAUUCGUUCAAACCACAGGGCGCGUUUGGCUGGUAUGCUGGGUGGAAUAUGGUGGGGUUUGUGCUUGUCUUGUUGUUCAUGCCGGAGACCAAGGGGAAGACCCUUGAGGAGCUGGACCAGGUGUUCUCCGUGCCGACGAUGAUGCAUGCAAAGUAUGGCGCCGGAGAGCUGGUUUAUUAUUUCCGGAGGUAUGUGCUGCGGCAGAAGGAGUUGAAGAAGGUGGUGCUUUACGAGAGAGACGGGGACGGGGAGGGGAGGAGGAGGAUGAGGGAUGGAAGCGAAAGUGAGAGCUCGGGUGCUGAUGCUGCGAUCAAUCUUGAUUUCAAUGGGGUAACCCAGGAGUUGAGCGAUGACGGGAGGUUGGAGAAUGGAUGA